AUGAAAAAUGUAAGAGAAAGUAAUUCAUUUAGUAGAUUCAAGACAAGACAAAAGUCAAGAGAUAAUGAUCAAAAUUCUUAGAUUCUUAAAUUACAAAGUUAAUAGAAUGUCAAAAGUAAAACAACAAGUCUAUUAUAUAGAAUUGUCUUCUAAAGUUUAACAAGGGAGUUUCCAUCUCUUACCAGAAAGCAAUUAAAGACCUAAAACAAAAUCUAUGGUUUAACAAGUCAUACAAGUAUAAUAAAUCUUAAUCGUAAUAUAGAAACCUUCAAAAAAAGUAUUAAAUGAUACUCAUAAUUAUGUAUCUAGCAAGUAUUAGGCAAAAAAACUUAUUAAAUAAAAUAGUUUUGUAAAGAAUCGUUCUAAAAAAAUGCAUUCUGUUAGUUAUUAUCAUUGUAUUUGAUUCAUACAAUUAUAUUAUUUAGAUGACAGCAUAUAAAAUGAGAAUGAUGAAUGUUUUACACAUUUUAAUAACAUGUCUAAUGUUUCUUUCAAAGAUUACAUGGAUGCAGAAGGUAUAAAUAUUAAAAUUAAAUUAAUAGCUCGUGCCAACAAAAUGCCAUCAGAUAAAUCUUAAGAAAUAAUUGAAGGCAAGAAACUUUUGAGUUUAGGUCAAACUGAAGAAGCACAAAAAUUGUUUGAGGACAUUCUCCAAGUUAGUAAUAAUCCAGAAGCAAGAUAUUUAAAUGGUAUAUGUUAUUUGAGUAAAUCUGAAUUCUCAGAAGCAAUUGCAGAUCUAAAUUUAUUAAUUUAAUAAUAACCACUUUAUAAAAGAAAUGCCUACAUUCUAUUAGCUAUUGCUUAUAAAAAAUCUAAUUGUCCAAAUGAUGCAUUAAAUACUGUAUCUAAAUUUAUUUUAAUUAUUAGUUAACACUUGCUAUCAAAAAAUUUAACAAAUAUUUUGAUGCUUAUAUAUAUAGAGGUAAACUUUUGUUGAAAAUGAAAUAAUAUGAUCGUGCUUUGAAAGAUUUCACUAGUGCAGUCGAUAUACAGCCAAAAAAGGCUAUUGCAUAUAUUGGAUAAGCUGACUGUUACAGAUAUAUGAAUCAACCAAAAUAAAGUGUUUAAGCUUGUACUCAAGCUAUAGAAUGUGAGGAUUCCUCUUUCAGAUAAGCACUUAUUAAAAGAACUUUGUUAUAUAUUGAUUUAAAAGAAUAUGAUUUAGCAUUGUUAGACAUUGAGGCUGUUUUAGAGGAAGAUCAUUGUGAUUCUGAAGCUUUAUAUAUCAAAGGUUUUAUUUGUACAAAAAGAAGUAAAUUAUUAUAUUAUUAUCAUUUAGAUUAAAUUUAAGAAGCCUUUCUUGCAUAUGAGUAAUCAAUUAAACAUAACAAUUCAAAAAAAGCUGUAUCAAAGUCUCUUUAUGAAAUUGCUAAAAUUAAAAUUGAAUAAAGAGACUUUUAUGAGGCAUUUUAUCAGUUAAGUCGUGCUGAUUAUUUAGAUGUAGAUGAAAAGAUCUUAGAAAAAUUCAAAAUAUUUACUGAUGGAGUUACCUUCUUAAUGAAACGUAAAUUUGAUGAAGGUGUUGAGGCUUUGACAACACUUAUUAAUAAACAUUAGGUUACAGAUUUUUUAAAGCCUCUUAUUUUUUAAUAUAGAGCUUAUGGAUACUUUUGUUAAUCAUAAUAUUAAAAAUCUCUUAAUGAUUUAAAUCAAUUGACUUCACUUGAAAAACCUUCUAUUUAUAAUAAAUUAAUAGUUGAAGGAAUACUUGCUGCUGUAGCAAAUUAAUUUGAAUAAUCUUAAGGAUUCUUUUUAAAAGCUUAGAAAUUAAUGCCUAAUAAAAUGGAACCAUAUUUUUAUAAAGCUACAACAUUAGUUAAAUUCUAUAGUUAUCUUAUUCCUAAAGAUGAUAUUGAAAAAAAAAAUAAAUUUUUGAAUGAUGCACUUAAAUAUAUGGAUAUGGCAGUCAAAAUUAAUGAGCAAUCUAAUUUGUUAUUUUAUAGAGGAAUAGUUCUUUUUGCAUAAGGUAGAUUGGAUGAAUCUCUAGUUGAUUUAGAUAAGGCUAUAGAAAAAUCAGAAGAUCAUGUAGCAAAACAUUUUUAUGUUAGAGGGUUGAUUUAGGCUUGUAGAAAUGCAUUUGAACUUGCUCAUAAUGAUUUAACUAUCGCAAUCAAUCUUGAUGAAAAAUUAGUAGAUGUCUAUUUAAAUAGAGCAAAAGUAUUUCUAUCUUUGGGAGAUAGGAAAACUGCUUAUUAUGAUGCUCAAAAAUAUAAAGAAUGUAAAUAGACUGAUCCAUAAACUGAUAUUAUCAUAGGGAAUUUAUUCUUUUAAAUUGGUGCUUAUGAAGAUGCUAUACAAUCCUAUUCUAAUAGUAUAAGUUCUGAAAAAAGUUUAUAAGUUUUGUAUUAUAGAGCCAAAACAUACAUUUUAAUUAAAGAAUUAAAUAGUUCAAUGCUUGAUUUACAAAAAAUAGUUGAAUAAUCUAAUGAAAUUCAUGCUAUAGUUGAUUUAAAUAUCUUACAGUAAUUAAAAAAUACAUCAACAGCAAAUAGUGAUUAGAAUUUAUUUUAAGAAGCAUUGCAAUGUGUUAAUUAAAUUUUAAAAAAAGGAGCUGAAGGAAAGAUAUUUAAAAAAUCAGAUAUUCUAUUUUAUAAGGGAUUAUUUUUAUUUUAUUUAAAAUAAUAUGAGAAUGCUUAAUAAGCAUUAAGAGAAUCAUAUAAAAUUAAAGAGAAUCAAUAAAGGAAGGAAUUAGAAAUGAUUAAUGAUUUUGAUUAAUAUAUUUUGGAUUAAUUAAAUCAAACACAAAAGAAAAUUGAAUGUAGAAGUAAACCUUUAGAAGAAUUUGAAUUUAGUGAUAGAACUUAUAAUUUAUUUGAAUACUAUUUUAAUAGAUCUGCUAUACAUUUACUUUUAGGAUAAACAGAUUCAGCAAUUGAUUAUUUAGAAUAAUUAUAUGAAAAUAUAGCAUAAUAAGAAAUCUAAGAACAUCUAUCAAUGUUUAUUUAAUUAUUGAAGGAUGAUUAGAAUCCUAAAAGUGAAAUAAAUCCUGAACUUUCAAAAUUGACUGAAUUCAUCAUUUUUCCAUAACAUAAUCGAUUAUGUUCAAUAUAUCCAAUGGUGAAAUUACCUUUAAAGAAAUAUAAAUAAAGUUUAUUAUUAAGAUUAUCUUUUUGUUUACCAACAAUUGAGAUUCCAGAAAUGAAUAUCAAAUUUGAUGAUAAAUUACUUGAAACAAUUAGUGUAUAAUGAAUUAUUAACAAUUUUAGCCAACAGUAGUUGAAAAUAAACCAGAAGCACCAUGGAUUAAACGAACAGCUGAAGGUGUAAUAUUUACAGAUAAUGUUCAAAUAGUUGAAGAUCUAGAUCUGUAAUCAACAACAAGACCUUCAAAAAAAUAGACAGAAAUUGAAGAUCCAGAAUUCUAACAAUUUGAAGAAUAAUUAAAUAAUGCAAUAGAAAAAUAUGAUUAUAGUGAAAUAGAUUAAUAAGAUGAAAUUGUUGAAUAAUAAACUUAAGCUAUAGAUUUACAAUAACUUAAACAAAAUUUAAUGCUCGAUUCUAAAAUUGCAGACAAAUUAAAUUCAAUUCUAUAAAAAAAAGCAUAAAAUUGA